AUGUCGGGUUCACGACAGCAACCAGGGCUAGCCUGUGAGGAAUGUCGAAAAAAGAAGCUUCGAUGUGACAGACGUCGUCCUCAGUGUGAUCAAUGUGAGGACGCCGGCACAGCAUGUUAUGUGAACCAAGUUCGCUCGCCGCGGGGUCCAAAGAAGGGCCACCUCAAGGCCCUACGUAACCGCAUUGCCACACUUGAAAGUAUCAUCAAAUGUGACAAAUCGAACCUCUGUUCUAAAGAGACAUUGGAGCUAAGCGAGAGAUGCGUACCCGAAAAUGAGACGCGGCAGAUUCUAAGCGCGCCUCAAGGAUAUGCUCUUAACGCGUCAGUAUCUGAACACUAUUCUGUGUCAAAUUCUUUCAAGGAGUCUUUCGCAAACGCACCCAUCACACCACCUGACCAAGAGAGCGCCGAUAUCAUCGAAGCAGAUCUUGACCAGCUUUACUUCGACAGGGUCCACCCUGUCGCACCUAUACUCCACCAGGGCCGGUACUUCUUCUGGGCGCAAAAAUGCUACAAGUCAGACCCACAAAUAUGCCUACAGCUUGCGAUGUGGGCCCUGGCAGCAGCCUCAUCGCCACAUUUACAACACAUUCGGGUAUCGCUGUACAGGCGCGCACGGUCUAAACUUGAGGCCCUCGAUAGCAAUAUCGAGUCUACUGAUGCAGCCUCCCUGCAAGCAGCGCAAGCCUGGCUUCUUAUCACCAAUUAUGAAUUUCGCUACAUGGGAUACUGUCGAGCUUGGCUGACUGCAGGUCGCGCGUUCCGGAUCAUCCAAUUGGCUAAGCUGCAUGAGAUGGACCGGCUUAACGACGUUGGCUUGAAUAUUACUAUGCCGGAAAUAUGGGCAGAGGCGGAGGAGAAGCGACGCACGUACUGGUUAGCGUAUUGCUUGGAUAGGCUUCUUAAUAUAUCUGAGGAGUGGCCGCUGAGUCUGCAGGAGGAAGCUGUAGGCACUGCCGCCAUCGCCACGAACCUGCAACUCAGGACAAAAAAUGCUUCCCCCUUCGCCGAGACGAUCGUCCUGACGACUCUUUGCUGGCACAGCGUCGCCUUCCAGCGCACCGCAGCUGAUGAUCACACAUUUCCAAAUGCAUCCUCCGACAUCUGGAAGCAGCAUACCCGACUUUACCAGGCUGUCCAACAGCGGCUCAUGCUGCUGUCCCUUCCGGCGUCCUCGCCGGAACUGAAUGACCCCAUGCGCCUCUUCACGAACAUGUUAGCAAAUUCAGCAGUCAUCUGGUUCCACAAUAUGCUUGAAUCUCUACAGACCGACCUUGACGAACAGAUGCUGCUCUUUCCUCUCUAUUCGGCAUAUGAGAUAGUCAGAUUAGCCAAACCGCUCACACGGUGCAGUUAUUUCAAAGCACACCCGUUCUCUCCAAUGCUAUUGUUUCUGUCGGCAAAAUUCCUCAAGGCCCACGCCGAGUGCCCCUGUGUAUCGGAGGAUAAACAGCAAAGACUCGAGGAACUCAAAAAAGCGUUGCGAGUUCUACAGGGCGGGAACAAUCUGGCCAUGAACUACGUCGAGCUUCUGGAGUCGGACUGUUUUCACAAGCUGUGCAAUCUAUCGCCGCUUCAGGGGUCAGUCAUGCCAAAUGUUGCAGAGCAAUCGGAGCCGUCGUUUUUCUUGGAUAUUAUGAAUCUGUUCUGA